CCGACCGCUCCGCCUCAGUCUCUCCUCUGUCUUUUCCCCUUCCUUACCAGAGCUAGGGUUCGUGGUGUUCUUGCUCGAUCUGCUCCAUCUGCGGAUUGUUCUUCAUCUGAUUCUUGUUUUCUUGCUUGAUUUACUCCUUUUCUCCAUUGUAUCUGAUUGCGUGGGUGUUUUUUUUUCUGUUUUCCUGUAUGGUGUUUGCAGGUGUUUGUAGUCGGAGGGCUUCGCUGCUGAACGGAUUGCGGUUGCUGCAUGUAGUCUUUUUGAGUAUGGUUUGCCCAGUUUUUCGUUGUCCUGGCGCCCCAUGCUUUCCAUUUGUGCCAGCUGAUGAAGUCCGAGAAGUUUUCGAUGUUGUCCUUGAUGAGUAUUGCUUUAGGUGGAUGUACAUCCCAUGCAAUGUGAGGGGUUUCUUAGCCGAUUAUAUCGAGGAGCACAGGAAUAUUGCAACAACUUUCAAGCACAAGAGGACUGAGCCUGCUAUUCUCACUUAUGAGAGUAGAUCUUAUGCUUCAGACUUUAAGCAUCGAGGGAACUUGUGAUGCCCGGAUAAUUAGGCUACAGUAAUCCCCCGUUAAUGUAGCCACAUCACCUUGGUUACUGUUCCUAAUCUCGCGUUAGUUCGAAA